AUGACGCAGCUUUUCGCUUCAAGUCCGUCGCCAGUGACAAACAACGAGAAGCGCGGGAAUUUCCCCGCUCUCUCCCUUCCCACGCGAAAGCACACCAACGAGUCCGGCCACUUACCUACGAGGAUCAAGAAUUUUUUCCGAAUCAACAGUUCAAGCAGCCACACCUCGGCCACUCCCACCGCCUCUGGUAGUACUGAACGGGAACGUGACCGUGAUAGCCAUGGGUCCGUUAAAAACGAGAAGUCUGCUUUCCGGCAGUCUCGAUUCCUGCCGGGCAUUGGUCGCAAUCGUUCAACAACGGUUGCUAGUGAGGGAAAUCCUCUCGAUGAAUCAAUGUCGCCUACCGCAUCCGCCAACCCAUACUUUGCCCACCAGGGUCAGCCUGCACUGCGACACCGGAAUGAUGGCUCAGUACCUUCCUCUCCCCCGAUACCCCCGAGUUGCAAGUCACUGGAGUAUCAGGCGACCACCGCGAACAAAGAGGAAUUAGCGCGCAAGUUAAGACGUGUAGCGUCUGCCCCAAAUGCUCAAGGCCUAUUCACAAGUGGACAAGGCAACCGUCCUCAGACAGCAGAGUUUGGAAAGGAACCCCUUGCAGAACAACCCGGUGGCUCGGUUGAGAUGGCCUGUUCGGGCAGCGAUGAAACUACUUUGGCCGUGCCUUCACUCAGUUCAGAUAUGAUUAACAACGCUUCCUUCCGACGCACCUACAGUUCGAACUCCAUCAAAGUCCGGAACGUUGAAGUUGGCCCCGCUAGCUUUGACAAGAUCAAGCUGAUCGGGAAGGGCGAUGUUGGCAAAGUCUAUCUGGUGCGCGAGAAGAAGUCAAGUCGUCUCUAUGCCAUGAAGGUUCUGAGCAAGAAGGAGAUGAUCAAACGCAACAAGAUUAAACGAGCCUUGGCCGAACAAGAAAUUCUGGCUACAAGCAAUCACCCAUUCAUCGUCACCCUCUAUCACUCUUUCCAAUCCGAGGACUAUCUAUAUCUCUGCAUGGAGUACUGCAGUGGUGGCGAGUUCUUCAGAACUCUGCAAACUCGCCCUGGCAAGAGUAUCUCCGAGGAUGCAGCCCGCUUCUAUGCUGCAGAGGUCACUGCUGCGCUAGAGUAUCUUCAUCUCAUGGGUUUCAUUUACCGUGAUUUGAAGCCAGAAAACAUCCUCCUCCACCAGUCUGGUCAUAUCAUGCUUUCUGAUUUCGAUCUCUCGAAGCAGUCUGGACCCGGAGGAGCCCCAACAAUGAUUCCUGCACGCAGUGGUGGCAACUCUACCACAGCUUUGCCUACUAUUGAUACGAAGUCGUGUAUCGCUGAUUUCCGAACGAAUUCCUUCGUCGGAACGGAAGAAUACAUUGCACCGGAGGUGAUCAAGGGAUGUGGUCAUACCAGUGCAGUCGAUUGGUGGACCCUGGGUAUUUUGAUUUACGAGAUGCUUUUCGGCACUACUCCAUUCAAGGGCAAGAAUCGAAACGCAACAUUUGCCAGCAUCCUACGGGAUGAGGUGAACUUCCCUGAUCAUUCCAACGUACAGCAGACCUCACAACUGUGCAAGUCUCUGAUUCGCAAAUUGCUUAUUAAAGAUGAAACCAAGCGCCUAGGCGCCCGUGCUGGCGCCUCUGAUGUUAAGACUCACCCCUUCUUCCGACAGACCCAAUGGGCGCUCAUUCGCCAUAUGAAGCCACCCAUGAUCCCUCACCAGGGUCGUGUCGGCACAGACACGGUCAACUUCCGCAACGUCAAAGAAAGCGCCAGCGUAGAUAUUGGCGGCACCAAUUCUACCAAGAUGAAGGGUGUUCCUAUGGAUUCAGGCCUCGCAACCCCGAACGGCGAACUCAACGAUCCCUUCGAGGAGUUUAACAGUGUCACCCUUCACCACGAGGGGGAUAUGUAA